AUGGAAAAGAUGGACCUCAAUUUGGUGUCGACUCAAACUUUACCGCGGCGGCGUGCCAAGCGUGGGGUUUUUAAUCUCCUCCGACGCAAAACGCGCGCGGUCACGCUAGGGCCGCGUCUGCUGGGCACGCGAGUGAAGCACCUGCUCCGUGAUGAGCUGUACAUUGACGUCGGCCUGCAGAGUGCCCCGUUGGUGGUGACGAAGGAGAUUGCCACUCUUGAGCUCCUUGCGGCGUACCAAUGCUGGAUGCGCGGCGUCCAGGCGUUCUUGGCUAUUAUCGUAUUUGUCCUCUCGCUACUCCCCUCAACGGCUGUGGUGGACUGGACCAUUCUUGCCGUGUCGGGGGCGGCGGUGCUCAUUAUAAUGCGCGUCUACUCCAUCAAGGCUGAGUACACGGGGCUGACGAAUGUGUUGUACGAAGACCACCGCAACAUAUUUACCUCCCCGUUUUUGCUGCAGAUGCUGCUGGAGAUCCUGAUCUGGUGCAUUCAAACUCCACCGUUGAUAUUCUUCUGGCGCCCCUUCUUCGAGCUUCUAAACUACUUUCUCUUCGUCCGUUUGUACGCCGUUGUGGUCUACGUUCACAACGCCGCGUACGUGUACCGAUUUUUCUGCAGAGCUAUGACCGCCGUGGCGGCAUUCCCGCUCACCACCACCUUCACGGUGCGCACAGCGCUGGCGUACCGCAAGGCAAAGGUUGCGUCGCUUGCCACCGUGGUGUCGUGGGCCACUCUCUCCUUUUUGUACGCAAAGGCGGAGCAGGUGUCUCUGUACGAUGGUUCCUGGUACGCCUUUCAGGCCAUCAGCACGGUCGGAUACAGAGACAGCACUCCGGUAACUGCGGCCGGGAAGCUUGUAGCGUUUCUGGCGUGGGUGGUCAGUUUUGCUCUGAUUGCCUACCUGGUGGUCAUCUUCCACAGGUCGCUGGUGGAUGACACGAACGAGCAUAACAUGUACAUCUUGAUGCGGUGCCACAGGCUUUCCCACGUGGUGCGGGAGGACUCGGCGCGCGUCAUUCAAACCGCCUGGCGCUUUCAUCGUCUGCACAGUUAUCCACCAGCGGGUGUAGUGCGACGCGUCAAGGCGUUGUUUUGCGCGUGGGAUCUCGCACGUCGUAUUUCGUGGUUGCGUCGUGAACGGCAGGAAUGGAUGGACGCGACGCAGCGUUUUCGCGCGAUCCCCUCGACUGGAAUACUGGAGCCAGAGCAGGAAGAGCAACUGCGUCAGCUGCUGCGUGCUGCCCAACAAGCCCAACAGAAGGCUGACGUGGAAGCUUUUUUUCGAAGCUGUGUUGAGGGCCGAGACACGCUGCCAACGCGGCAAGAGGUGGAGCGGGCUGUCACAGGCAACGCCCGGGUAGAGAACCUCUAUUCAAGCGCCACAGAUGUGCUAGGUGGUGCGGGGGCAAUGAUGGCUAACGUAGAUGUGUCGAGUCUUUUGAAGAAGGUGGAGAUGUUAGAAUCCAAUUGUAGUCGUCUCACGAUGGCGAUGGAGGCCUUAGCUGUGAUGGCCCCAACUAACCCUCCUAGCCUUGCCCAAUCACAUUCUUGA